UUGUGGGAGAAGAUCACGUGGACCCUGCCAGGACCUGGGGGUGAGAGGUCAAGGGUGAAAGGGCUCAACGUCGCCCGCUCGACACGACUCGUGCGGUGGUGAGAAAUGGCCAAACAUCAUCCGGACUUGAUCUUCUGCCGCAAGCAGGCGGGAGUGGCUAUUGGAAGACUGUGUGAAAAAUGUGAUGGUAAAUGCGUGAUCUGUGACUCAUAUGUGCGACCCUGCACACUUGUGCGCAUAUGUGAUGAGUGUAACUAUGGGUCGUACCAAGGGCGCUGUGUGAUCUGCGGAGGUCCAGGAGUCUCUGAUGCCUAUUACUGCAAGGAGUGCACCAUCCAGGAGAAGGAUAGGGAUGGCUGCCCUAAGAUCGUCAAUCUGGGCAGUUCCAAGACGGAUCUCUUUUACGAGCGCAAGAAGUACGGCUUCAAGAAGAGGUGAUCCACCCUUGGUGCUGCUAUGCCUGCUGCAGGGUUGGGGAAAGGGUCUUAAAGCAUCUCUGGACUUCACUGUUAUUGAGAACCAAUUAAUCUUCUCUAAAGUCUUACAAGUUAAAUUAUGUGUGAGGGGUGGAAGAAGAAACAAAAUUGACUGGGGAUUGGAACCUGUUAGCUGAGUAUUGCAGAUGGCAAAAGUAGGCUACUGAUUCUUGCCUUCUCUCAAGCGUGGCUAGUGUCUGCCACACAGCUCUGCAAAAUGCCUGGUGGGCAAGCACUUACAUUCUAAGGGGAUCUGCUCUGCUAUCAAGGUGUAGCACUGCUUUUACACGUCUUGUCCCCUUUCUGGAAUUGGGGGGUCACCUGCAGUUCUCCUUUCCGUGCACUCCCUCUCCGUUGUUAAGAAGUCUUCUCCCCUGGCCACACCCCCAAAGUCUGAAGAAUGGGUUCAGACUGCCGACCCACUGAAACUCUCUAUGUAUUGUUAUGCAGGGAGGCUAGCAUGCUCAUGGCUGAUGCCCUUUUCAUAUGAGCACAACCAUUACAUGUCCCUAUGUUUUCUUCAACUGAUUAACCGAAGGCCCUUUCUGUAACUAUCUCUGCAAAAUGUACACCAAUAAAGUUUUUUUCCUUUUUCUAACAGAAGGGUUUCUCUCUAGUUCACCCCACAAGUAGUCCUCCCGGAGUUUCCUUUUGUCAGGUGAUUGGGACACUAAGAACUUAGGAGUUGCCAAACUAGAAAUGAACAAUGAGCCGUCUGUUCUCUGACAGUGGCCUGUCAUGGCUAAACUGACCUCUCUGUGAGAUGCUUUGGGGAAGGACCGCUGCUUGCUUUCUCACCCCAGUCAUUGAUAAUUUUAUGUCCUGAAGCAGAGUGUGGCUCGCUUUGUGUAACCCUUGCCUUUGCUAAUGUGUCUGGAUGUUGUUUCACCAUGCAAACAUCCAAUCCCUUUCUAAAAACCUCCUGAAGUGUUUGACUCUAUCCCUGCUGCAGGAAUUUAGAGCCUUCUGUGCUGUAGCUGGAAACCAGCUAUUCUAUUCCAGACGAAUAGCCAUAUACUGAAAACUAGAGCCUGCUUGUUUGCUGAACAUCAGCAGAGGCUGUGGACUCCCAGCUGCUCAGCACAGAUCUGGGGAAGGAAAUACAGAUCAUGUACGCAUUGUACACACCUCCUUCCCCUUCCCUACUGACUAGGAGCUUGCAAAUCAGGUGUUAACUUUUAAGGAGCUGCUUUUGUGAGCAGGAGGGGCAGCGAGAAACUAAACUGGAUUUGGGGUACUGUAGAAUUCCCACUUGUGGUCUAGGGUCCCAACAAAGAUGCAGUUUGGGAUGCAGUAUUCAUGUCUGAGCCUGUUGGCAUAACUAGAAGUAUCAUCCAGGCAGGGAUCGCUAUAGAGAGACGAGGAAUAUCCCUUCCUUUUCCCCCAUACAGCUGUGCAUGCUGUUUCCUCAUCACUCCCAGGCUUGCUACUGCUGUAGGGAAUCAAGGGCUUAUGGCUUAAGAACUUUGAUUACUGGGUAUAUAGCUCCAUGUUCUGGUAGCUGUGAAAUAGUUAAACUGCCUUAUGUCAUGUUUCUCAUCCAUUGGUUGAGUGGAGGCAGAGGGUUGUUUUUCUCCUUGGCCUUGUCUACACAGGCAACUUGGGAGAAGACUUCUACUGCCACUAGUGUGUAGCCUCGGUCAGCGCCAGUGCCUCUCCUGUGCUGCUACCGCAAGGGUGGGAGAUUGCCCUAAAACUGCUAGUGUAGAUAAGGCCCUUGUGAAGCAGAGGAGAGAUACAGUAGGGUAGCACUGCAGUGAAGAUUCAGUCUUUUUAUGUGGUUACUUGUCUGGUGUUCAUUAGUUUCUAAUUGGCCAGACACGGACCCUAGAAAAGACGAGCUCUCUGAAACAGAGAGAUUCUGUGUGAUAAGAACUGUGAGGUUAAUUGCAGGGUCUUUAAAAAACAAUCGUUAAAACUCAUUUAAAUGAGUAGAAAGUGCUUGCCUUGACAGCUGUGAAGACCAAAGUCCUUUCUUUAAGCCCAGAACCGGUUCAGCAAGGGCACCGGCAGUAUAAGCUUCCCCCACACGCUGCCCUCCUGUUGUGCCGCAGCCCUGCUCUGGAGGGGCCUCUGGCAGGACUUUAGAAAGUAGUUCAGUCUCAAAUGGCCUAAUUCAGAGGUUCCCAAACUGAUCAGUGGGAUGGUUGGUGCAGAGAGCAGUGUGGUCUUAUAGUGGUUGAACAACUAGGAGGUAUGCGGCUAAACUGAAUUAAAGGAAGCUAAAUAUGUAUGUCUGGUAUUCCUUUCCACAUAUGUCAUUGCUGUAAUUACUACAGGGAUUCUAUGCAUCUGUAAAUGGAAGAGGAGGUUUCUGCAAGAAAAUCCCUGUAUUUACAAUGUCCACACUAAAAAAAAAAACUGGAGAAUUCCUGGCCUAUUUAAUACUUAGCCUCUCUGCUCACAGUGCUAACGAGGUGGUUAUAGUGAUCUGGGAUGCGGACACAUACCCUGAGUCCUCUUUUUCCCCCCACUCCGCUCCACGUGCACAAUGUCACCUCAUUUCAUAUCAGUUACCAGAAAGAUGUUGUAACUUUUGGUUACAAAUAAGAUGGGACAGGGUCACAUUGGACAGGUAAAUGGCUCUAAAACCCAGCCCCAGUUCCUUGAAUCAUUCGGUCCCCUGCUUGACGCCCUGAACCUGAAAUGUUGCCUUCUUUAAAAAUUGGAUGUUGGCAAAUGUCUGGAUUCUAUUCCUGUGCUCUAUCUCUGAGUGUUGGCUACAGGGAUCAGAUCUUACUAUCUGAAAUUUUACUUAUAGGAGCAGCCAUGUUUUUGUUCUUUAUGGUGCUUGGUGAGAACUUUUUGUUGACAUGUUCAAAUUAGCAAAUGUUUUCAUUUCUAAGACAGGAAAGAAUUUCUCAUUUCCUUUGAGUUAAGUGUCAUGUGACUUGAAAGUAAAGAAUGUUCCUGUGCAGGGAAGUGCUAAUUAUGCCCAAUUAUACCCUGACUGACCUUCCUUGGCAUUAAACAACCUAGCAAAACUA